UCGGAACUUGAUAUUUCGUACCGGUCGGUUAAGUUGGUAAACCCUUUUCAACACUUACUCCGUUCAUCUCUUUUGCACUCAUUCCACUGUAGCAUCGUCUCUUCUCUCUUUCAUUUGAGCCUCAUGACUCGUUUGUGGUUUUAUUUUUAUUUUUUUGUCUCGUUCUCUUUUAAUCACAAUAUACCGCAUUGCCGCCGCCGCCGGUGUAAAUGUGUGAUACUGUGAUAGCGGCAAGCGGCUAUUGAGUUAACUACCGAGUUUAUACUUUAUAGUGUGAAUGUCGGUCUUUGAUAGUUGUAUCAGUGUUGUUUUGAAUUGCAUCAUUAUUUGCCCAGAUGAAUAUUCAAAUUUGUAAUUUUUGUUAGUUAUUACUUAUAUUAAUAUCCUCUAUAAUAAUGCUUUUCAAAUGUUGGUUAUAACAUACACGUCUGUGAAUUUAUGACCUGUUAGUUCGUUCAAAUAAUAUAAUUAGUGUAGGUAAACGGUUAAACGUUUUCUUACGUUUAUCCUCAUUUCGGACGAACAUGUGGAUUUCAGAAUUUAAACGCAUAAUUUUCUUCUGAUUUUUCCUUGUCGGUGUUAUACUACUGUCGUAACUGCAAUAACCUCGUGAAACUAAAUUGGACUUUACAUUUCAAAAACUUUAUUUUUUUGUGCUGCUACUGUGAAAUUAAACUUCAACCAUGAGCCCAAGUAAUAGUAAAUUGUCACUAAGCUGUGAGUCAACAUCUUGCAUUCAAAAUGAAAAUGGAAAAAGGACAUUUUUAACAUCAAUUAAUGAUGUAUUUGACGAUGAAAUUUACUAUAAAAGGAAAAAGUCCAUUAAACAUUCUCAAGUAGAUAUAAAUAAUGCAGUCUUAUCAUCCAAUGGUUAUAUGACAAGAAAUAAAUUAAAAAAACAACUGACCAAUAACAGUGAAUCAAUAGAAUCAACUGCCAAAGAGCAUAAAAGUUCAAGAAUUAACAAUAUUAGAAGUAAACGAGGAAACGCUUGUAAGAAUAGAAAACCUUCAAAACAAAUCUGUAAAAAGAAAUUGCAACCUGGCUAUAUUUUUACUAAUGAUAUUUCUUAUGUAUACCCCGGAAAACAACUAGAUACUGAAUACAAAAAAAGUAUUCCUUCAUUAUUUGAAUCAGAUUCUGAUUCAGAAAUCGAUAAUUUUCAGUUAAAUUAUAUAAAAAAUGAUGUUAAAGAGAUAUCCACUUGUACUUCAGAUCCAGAUAAUGUUUAUUCUAUUUUUAACAAAAAUGUUGAAAUGAGAACUUAUUUUAACAAAAAAUCAUAUUUUUCUAACAAUAAAUCUAAUAUAAAUUCUUUAAACACAUUUGAAGAAAGUAAUCAAGAACCUUCAAGAUUAUCUAAUAUUGUUAAAAUGGUUAAUGGCUCUAAUUUAUGUAAAAGCAUUUCACAAAAUAAUAGUACAACUAACAAAUCAUUGAAAGGCACAGGUUCCUCAACAAAAGAAUAUGUGCAAACAAAUACUGAGGAUGAUGAAAUUAUUAUUGUUACUGAAUCAUUUAUAAGACAAUUAAAUAAUGAAGAUCAAAUAAUAAAAACAGAAUCUCAAGAGCAACAUAAAGAAAACGAAGUGGUAUCGAAAAUACUCUCUACAGAUUAUGGAUGGAACAAAAAUAAUAUGUGCACUGUUGAUACUAAUAAUAUUGAUAAUAUAUGUAAUAUAAACUAUGAUUCAUCGAUUUGUUCUGAUUUAUUACUAAAACAAAACGUGGAUGUUAUUAAUGAAUCAGACAAAUGUACACCAUCACCAUUUAAAACUAAUAUUGUUGAAAAUAGCUUAAUGAGUAUUUUUGAUGAACCCGAAGAGAACAUAUUAGUUGAAAGUUAUACUAAUAUAAAUGAUAGUUUAAUUAAUUAUUCGGAUUUUAACAGUUCAACUAGUAUUUCAGAAAAAAUGAUUGAACUGAGUAGUUUACAGACUUUUGAGUUUGAUAAUAGUAACUCAGUUUUAGAUCGAUCUAUAGAAAAUCAUCAGACUUCUGAAAAUGUUUUCAAAGAAAAUAAUGUCACUUGCCAUCUUCCUUUAGAUCAGAUUGGAUCUAAUUCAAUUACUAAUCAGUAUUUUCAUACAGUAAUUAAGGAUGAAAUAAAAAUAAAAUCAGACUCUUUUAGUAGUAAAAUAAAUAACAUUUGUCUACUGAAUAAUGACAAUUUAAGUUCUACUAAAGAUAAUUAUUCAAAAACAAAUAAAAAUCUUGGUUCAAAAUGCUAUUGUAAAAAUUUUUCUAGUUUUAACAACAAUUAUAAUAAGAUAUUCAAUUCUAAAAUUAAACAUUUUGCAUUUAAUAAUAAUGCUAAAAAAGUACGUCAAAAAAUAUUACAUCAAAAACAUAUAGAAGCCAAUAUUUUAAAGAUACUUAUUACGCAAGAGCACAAAAAUAACAUUCAAUCAAAAGAACAUAUACCAAUUUUUGAUUCGAUUUCAAUUAAUAAAAAAUAUGAAAAAUAUAUUAAUUUAAAAGAGAAUGAUCACAUCAAACCAAAUAUUUUAAGUAUGCUUAAAGAUGUCUAUGUGGAUGUAGAAUACCUUACUGAAUACUGUGAUUAUAAUACUAGUGAUAAUAAAUUGCCAGAACCACAAAAAGAUAUCAAAUUUAAUAUUCAACCUUCUAAAGCUAAAUCAGUAGACAAUAUGAUUAUGUUUAAAAACAAUAGUGCUUCGACAUCAAAUAAUACAACAAAAAAUAAACAAAUUAAUCUUAAACCUUUUCAUGAAAAAGAUGACAAUUCUAAUAAAAAAGAUAUAGUUGAUAAUAUUUCUACUUCAAAUAGUUCAACAAAAAAAUAUCCAAUUCAUCUUAACCCUUGUGAUGAAAAUGAUGUCAACUCUAAUAAUAAAAACGAAAUAAUUGAUAAUGUUUCAAUGUCAAAAAGUAAACCAGUUAAUGAUAAACUUUGUGAACAAAAUUAUAUCCCUUGCAAUAAAAAUGAAAUAGUUGAUAAUGCUAUUACAUCAAAUAAUACAACAAAUAAAUCAAUCAAUACUAAACUUUAUAGUGAAAAUUAUGUCAACUUGAAUAAAAAUAAAAUAAUUGAUAAUGUUUCUUCAUUAAAUACUACAAUGCAAAAUAAUCUAGUCAACUGUAAACCUUGUGAUGAAAGUUACGUUUAUUUUAAUAAAAACAAAAUAAUUGAUGAUGCUAAUAUAUCAAAUAGUACAACAAAAAAUAAACCAAUACAUUUUGAAAACAAUGUUAACUUAAAUAAAAACAAAAUUUUUGAUUAUGUUUCUAUUUCAAAAGGUAAACCAGUUAAAGAUAAACUUAAACAAAAUUAUAUCCAUCAUAGUAAAAUCAAAAUAGUUGAUAAUGCUUCUAUGUCAAAUAAUACAAUAAAAAAUAAUUCAACGGGUAUUAAACCUUAUGAUAAAAAUGAUGUCAAUUUUAAUAGAAACAAAAUAACUGUUAGUACUUCUAUAUCAAAUAGUCUAACAAAAAAUAAAUCAUUUAAUCAUGAAUCUUAUUAUGAAAAUGGUGUCAAUUUUAAUAAAAACGAAAUAAAUUAUGCAACAACUAUAAAAAAAAAUUAUUUUGAUUUUAAUAGUCAUAGUAAUUCUCCUGUAGUAAAUGCCAAAAUUGAUUCUAAAAGUAAAAUCAAAGUUGAAGAUAAUUUUAACUAUGAGACUGCUGAUAUAAAAUAUGAUUUAAAAACUGAAAAAUGCUCUGGCCUUCAAAUGAAACCAUUUGACAUCUGUAAUUUAAGCGAUAACACUGUAUUAAUAAAAGAAAACAAUGAUUCUAAAGAAGAGUUUACAAUGGAUGAAGUAAAAAAUAAUAUUCAAUCAGAAAAUAUUUUGUCAUCAGCCAAUAUAAAUAUCAACCACGGGUUAACUCAAACAAAAAUAAUUCAUAUUUUAAAAGAUAAAAAUAAACCAGUUCCUGCAUUAAUUGAAAAUGAAAAAGAAACAAAUAUUCUAAAGAUAUUUGAACCGCCUCAAUACAAAAACCAUUUUGAUACAACUGAUACAAGUGAAACUAUUAGUUCUAAAGCAGAUCAAAUUUUUCCUGCAUUAAUUGAAAAUGAAAAAGAAACAAAUGUUCUAAAGAUAUUUGAACCCCCUCAAUGCAAAGACCAUUUUGAUACAACUGAUACAAGUGAAACUAUUAGUUCUAAAGCAGAUCAAAUUUUUCCUGCAUUAAUUGAAAAUGAAAAAGAAACAAAUAUUUUAAAGAUAUUUGAACCCCCUCAAUGCAAAGACCAUUUUGAUACAACUAAUACAAGUGAAACUAUUAGUUCUAAAGCAGAUCAAAUUUUUCCUGCAUUAAUUGAAAAUGAAAAAGAAACAAAUAUUCUAAAGAUAUUUGAACCACCUCAAUACAAAAACAAUUUUGAUACAACUGAUACAAGUGAAACUAUUAGUUCUAAAGCAGAUCAAACUUGUCCAAUGUUACCACAUAUAUCUGAAAAUAAUGAGCCUAUUAAUCAUUUAUUUGACCUACCUGCUGAUGAUAAUUCUUUCUCGUUAAAUAUCAUUAACUCUAAUGAUGAUUUUGAUGAUGAUGAUGAUGAUGAUAGAUUAUUGAUUGAAGAUUUUGAACAAAAUGUUGAUGGCAAUGUUAGUGAAAAUUCAACUUCUAUCCUUAAAUUAGCUAAUAUUGCAAACAACGAAAGAACAAUAAAUUGUUUAUCUUCAGCUGCGAAUUCUACAACAGAAAUCAAGCUUUGUGAAAAUAAGUUAAUAAAUCCGAAAAAGAAACAAUUCUCUGAAAUAAAUAGUAUCAAAAAUGAAAAAGGUAUAGUUUUCCAUUUGAGUAUAAUUAUGUCAAAAAAAAAAUGUGAUCAAUCUAAUAAUUAUGAAAACGCAAGUUUAUUAAAAAAAGAUAAUAAUUCUUUAGAUGAUUGUAUAUCUAUUGAAAAGUGCAAUGAAUUUUAUAAAAUAAAGUCAUUAAAUAAAAACACUGUUAAUAAAAAUGAAUCUUUACCAAGGAAUAUCAAAGAUAUAUUGAAAGAAAUGUAUGUUGAUGAAUUGUUUAUAUCUACAUGUCAACAUAUGAAUGACUUUUAUAAUGAUGAUCAAUUAAAAAAUGAUUUAUUUUUUCAUAAUGAUGAAUAUCAAAACACAAAAACUGAGAAAUUAGACAGUGAUAUUAUAAAGGAAAAUGAUUUAAAAAACAUACAUCCAGAAUUAAGGCAAUCAAAUUCAACCAAAAAAAAAACAAUAUUAAAAUCGGAAAUCAAUGAUUGUAACCAACAAAAAGCACACAUUAAACCUACCAUUAAAACACAAAAAUCUAAUUCUUUACAGAAUCCAAAAAAUGUUAAAAGUAAUAUGAAAAUCAGGAUUCACUUAAGAGAAUUCAUACUAUCAAAUAAACCACUUAAUGUAAUUUUAGAAUCCAAAGAAUUUAGAAAUUUAAGAUUUUUUAGUGAGGAAGAAAUUGCAGGUUCAAUUGGUGUUUUUAUUUUUGAACAAUCAAUUUGUCCACCAAUAAUAACUGGAUUGUCAGUCUACAAAGAAAAUUAUGAACAAUUAAAAAAUGAAGAGAAAAAUAAAAUAUUGGCGUCUACAAAUUUAAAUAUUUCUUGUCCAGAAAUAAUGAAACUAACCUCAAUCACUUUAGCAUUAGUAAAAAUGUUGAGAAGUGAUACAUUAAUUGAAACUAUCUUAAAUGUUAUUAGAAAAAAUGUAUUGACAAAGCAGAUGAAUACUAAUCAUAAAAUUGAUGAUCAAUUAAUAAAACAAACAGUAUACUUUGUUGACAUUUGUGUUAGAACAAGAAUGCUGAAAACUCUUCAAAUAUUUAUUUUUGAUUCAAUGGUUUUUUUACCUAACAAAUAUUGUUGUACUAUAUUUAUAUCUUUGCUGUUAUGGAAAAAUUGUUUGCCACGAAGUAUAAAUAAUGAAGAAGACCCAGUUAUUAUAACUGCCAUAUCAUACUUAAUUGCAAAAACAAAGUUUUAUUCUGAGGAAACUAUUGGUUGUGAUAUUUUCCAAAGAGAAUUAAUCAAUUUACUUUCUUGUCAUUUCAAUUACACAUUUACUAUAGAUAUACCAACUAAUUUUAUUCAACAUAAACACAAACCUGAUUUCUUCGUUUCUGUAGUCAUGUUUUUAAAAUGUUGUAAUCCUAAAGACUUAGUAGAAUUCAUGAUCAACUGUCUUUUUCCCAUGAUUGAUAAUUAUCUGAAUACUCAACAAAACGAAAUGUAUGCCAUAAAAACAAUGGAAUCAAUAAACAUGACAAUGAAACCAUUUAAGAUGACUUGUAAUACUACUGUAGCCACUUAUCUAAAGAAAUGUAAGGAUCCAAUAAAUGGUGCUAAGAAAAACGGAAAAGAACAUAUUUAUAACACCACCUAUAAUAGUUACAAAAUAUUGCAAAACAAAUUUAUUGAAUAUCUGAAUGAUAGCCGACCUCGUUCUCAAUGCUUUGAAGAGUCCCUGAUGUCAAUCAUUCUAAUGUUUGGAUCUGUAGAUUAUCUCACUAGCUGUUUGAGUCUAAUGCAAUGGAAACCAAAAUUUGAAUUGUCUGCAAUUUUAUCGGAAAAAAUUGUUAUAUUCAAAUCAAUUUUAGGUCAUGUAUGGGAUAAUUUGUGUGCCAUAGACGACAUUAAGACAUUGAAGUGUAUGAUCAAUAGCUGCUUGUUGAAUAAAGAUGUAUAUCAUACAAUUGUGCAACUGCACAAUCUUCGUUAGCAAUUGAAAUAACUUGAUGACUUUAAUUAUUUUGAAAAAACUACAUGACUGACAAUGUCUGUGAUAUUUUAUUUAAUUAUCUUUGAAUUUUUAUGGUAUAUAUACCAUUUAUGUAAUUAAUCUAAUUUUUAAUUGACUUAGUAAAAAUGUAUGAUAAUGGUCAGUGUGCACUAACUAUUAUUAUUAUAUUAAAGUUACGUAACUAUUGUUAAAUUAUAAUUUAUAAGUAUGUUUAAUCCUUAAUGUUAUAUAAAUUUUCUUUUCUGGUACUAUUAUUUAUGUUUAUUUCUUUAAGUGUGUCUUUUAAAUAAAUAAGUUUACAUUAAUUUCAUUAAAUAUAUUCUUGAGUAUUUACUUAAGUGUUAUAAUUUAUAAAAUAUACCAAUUGUAUUGUUAUUUAUUAUUAUUAUGUAUGCCAUACAACUUUGUUAAUUUGAAAAUUGAAAAUAAAGAAAAUAAUUUGCUACUA